CGACGUCGUAUGCAAGGAUAAAUUGGCGGAUUGAAGCAGUUGUUGGAUCCGAGAAAUCUCAAUGUCGUCUCUGAGAACUUUAUUUGGCAGGAGCAUUAGGGUUCAUGUGGGUGAUUUUGAUUUGAACUCACCAGCCAUGCAAAGAAGUAUUUUAGAUAUCUUGAAUUUGGUGAUCGUUUUUCUCUUCUACCUGGUGCUACUCCUAAGUUAUAUUAGGAAGAAUACCACCAGCAGAUCCAGGGGAAGAAGUGAUUGGAUAUCUAUUUCAGUUGCAUUUUGUUGUUUUUUUACUUCUGUUGCAUAUCUUAUUGCUGGUUUAUGGGUGGCAACUGAUGGAACACAUCAAUUCAAUCAUAUGAAUUGGUGGGUGUUCAGUGUAAGAGCACUAGUUUGGGUAUCUUUGAUGGUUUCAUUGCUUAUAGAAAGAUUUACAUCAGUGAAGAUUCUAGCUUCUGUUUGGUGGGUUUUCUUUUUCGGGUCAAUUUCUGUUGUGAACAUCAUGAGUUUGGCAGAGAAACACAGCAUCAUGAUUUUGGUUUUGAUAGAAUGGGCUGCUAGCUUCUUGCUUCUCUUAUGUGCUUUAAGAAACACAAAACACUUUUUCACUCAACACAAUCCAAGCCAAACCUUAUCCGACCCUUUAUUGGCCAAUGAAACACAGGAAUCAACUAGAAGCCAACUAGAAGAGCCUAGUUUCUUCAGCAAAUUGGUAUUUUCUUGGGUGGACCCUUUACUUGCUUUAGGUUACAGAAAACCACUAAUUCUUGAAGAUAUCCCUUCUCUGUCUUCCACGGACCAAGCAGCUGUUAGCCAUGAGAAAUUCACCAAGGCAUGGGAUUCACUUGAGAGGGACAAUGGUAACUUGGUUUCUAAAGCUUUAGCCAAAGUUUAUUUCAGAGAGAUGGUUUUUUCAGGGAUUUGUGUCUUUCUUAGGACUAUAUCUGUUGUCAUUAGCCCAUUGUUGCUCUAUGCCUUUGUUGACUACUCCAAAAAUGAGACCCAAGAUUUACAUCAAGGACUCUUAUUAGUCGGGUGCUUAAUUCUAGUCAAGAUAAUGGAGUCAUUAUCUCACAGACAGUUUUUCUUUAAUGCAAGAAGAACUGGUAUGAGGAUGAGAUCUGCUUUAAUGGUGGCAGUGUAUGAGAAGCAACUCAAGCUUUCUACUCUAGGAAGGAAAAGGCAUUCGACAGGUGAAGUUGUGAAUUAUAUAGCAGUUGAUGCUUAUAGAAUGGGUGAUUUUCCUAUGUGGUUUCAUGUGGGGUGGUCUUGUUUUAUUCAACUAUUUCUAGCUAUUGGUAUUCUAUUCUCCAUAGUAGGACUUGGUGUUCUUCCUGGUUUACUCCCCCUUCUGAUAUGCGGGCUUCUUAAUUUGCCAUUUGCAAAAGCUAUUCAAAAGUGUCAGUUACAAUUCAUGGUCGCUCAGGACAAGAGACUGAGAUCCACUUCUGAGAUCCUAAAUAACAUGAAGGUCAUCAAGUUACAGUCUUGGGAAGAUAAAUUCCAAAAAGUAAUUGAAUCUUGUAGAGAAACGGAAUUCCAUUGGCUGCGUGAAUCUCAGUUUAAGAAGGCUUGUAGCACGGGUUUGUAUUGGAUGUCACCAACGCUUGUUUCUUCGGUUGUCUUUUUUGGAUGCGUGCUUUUGAAAAGUGCUCCUCUAGAUGCUGCCACUAUCUUUUCGAUUUUAGCAGCAUUGCGAACUAUGUCUGAACCCGUAAAAUUGUUGCCCGACGCAGUUUCUGCAUUAAUCCAGGUUAAAGUAUCCUUUGAUAGGAUCAAUUGUUUCUUAGUUGACGAUGAACUAAAAGAUAACAGGACGAAAAGACACCAAGAACUUGAAAACUCGCAUGACUGUAUCAGAAUACAGGAUGGGAAUUUCGCUUGGGAUCCUGAAUCACCCACUCCAACACUUAGGAAUGUAAAUCUGGAAGUAAAGUGCAGGAAGAAAGUUGCCGUUUGUGGGUCAGUUGGUGCUGGAAAGUCAUCUAUGCUAUAUGCUAUACUUGGAGAAAUAUCCAAAACUUCAGGAACUGUGGAUGUUUUCGGAUCAAUUGCUUAUGUUAGCCAAACAUCUUGGAUACAAAGUGGGACGAUUCAAGAUAAUAUUCUGUAUGGGAAGCCAAUGGACAGAACUAAAUAUGAAAGAGCCAUAAAGGCAUGUGCUUUGGAUAAGGACAUUGAAGCUUUUAACCAUGGAGAUCUAACAGAAAUAGGGCAAAGAGGGCUUAACGUGAGUGGGGGACAGAAGCAGAGGAUUCAACUCGCUCGAGCAGUCUACAAUGACGCUGACAUAUAUCUUCUCGAUGACCCUUUCAGUGCGGUAGAUGCACAUACAGCUGCAACUCUUUUUAAUGAUUGUGUCAUGAAUUGUUUAGAGAGGAAAACCGUCGUUCUUGUCACUCAUCAAGUGGAGUUUCUCUCAGCGGUUGACAAUAUUCUGGUUAUGCAAGAUGGUCAAAUUACACAAUCAGGAAACUAUGAGGAUCUCUUGAUGGCAGGAACAGCAUUUGAACAGCUUGUGAAUGCUCAUAAAGAUUCCAUCACAUCUUUAGAGCCUUCACCUCCUGAAAAUAAAAGCGAACUUCUACAAACAGGAAAUGUGCAUCAAAGCACGGAAAAUACUAAUGAAAGUUACCUCAGUAAAGAAAACAGUGAGGAGCGGAUAUCGGCAAAGGGCAUACAGUUGACCGAAGAAGAAGAGAAGGUUAUUGGGAAUGUUGGAUGGAAGCCUUUUGUAGAUUACAUCAUCAUCUCAGAAGGAUCAUGGUUUUUGGCUUUAUGUGUUCUAAGUCAAGUUGGUUUUGUUGGUCUUCAGGCAGCAGCAAGUUAUUGGCUAGCAUUUGGUAUACAAAUCUCUAAAAUCACCAACAUCAUGUUGAUUGGCGUUUACACUUUGAUCUCCACCAUGAGCACCUUCUUCGUGUUACUGAGAUCAGUAUUUGCCACCCUUUUGGGAUUAAAAGCCUCGAAAUCAUUCUUCACUAAAUUUAACGAUUCAAUUUUCAGUGCUCCCAUGGUCUUCUUUGACUCUACUCCAGUUGGACGAAUUCUAACAAGGGCCUCAUCUGAUCAGAGUGUUCUUGAUUUCGACAUACCCUUUUCGUUUAAUUAUGCGGUUGCUGCUGGUAUCGAGCUAAUCACCAUGAUUGUCAUUAUGGCCUCAGUGACCUGGCAAGUUCUCAUUGUAGCCAUCUUUGCUAUAAUAGCUACAAAAUACACUCAGGGAUAUUAUCAGCCAACUGCAAGGGAAUUAAUGAGAAUCAAUGGAACCACAAAAGCACCAGUAAUGAACUAUGCAUCCGAAACAUCACUUGGAGUCGCAACAAUACGAGCAUUCAAGAUGCAAGAAAGGUUCUUCAAAAACUAUCUCUCGCUAGUGGAUACCGAUGCAAGUACUUUCAUCUUCUCAAAUGCAACUUUGGAAUGGUUGGUUUUGAGGACAGAAGCAUUUUCGAACCUAACAUUGUUCACAGCUAGUUUUCUCCUGGUUUUGGCACCAAAGGGUUUUGUCUCUUCAGGAUUGGUUGGCCUCUCGCUUUCUUAUGCAUUAACGCUAACGGGCACCCAAGUGUUCUUGACUAGAUGGUAUUGUAGUUUAGCCAAUUACAUCAUUUCAGUAGAAAGGAUCAAACAAUUCAUGCACAUUCCAUCAGAGCCACCAGCAAUUGUGGAGAACAACAGACCACCAUCUUCUUGGCCUUCCAAGGGAAGGAUACAAUUCCAGGAUCUGAAGUUGAGGUAUCGGCCAAAUGCACCGUUAGUUCUUAAAGGGAUCACUUGCACAUUCGAAGAAGGGACUAGAAUAGGAAUCGUGGGAAGGACGGGAAGUGGCAAGACGACACUUAUAACAGCCCUGUUCCGUUUGGUAGAACCUGAUAGCGGAAGAAUUCUUAUAGAUGGACUAGACAUUUGCUCUAUAGGCCUAAAAGACGUCAGGAUGAAACUGAGCGUAAUCCCCCAAGAACCGACCCUUUUUAAGGGAAGUAUCCGAACAAAUUUGGACCCUCUAGGACUACAUUCCGAUGAUGAGAUAUGGAAGGCAUUGGAGAAGUGCCAGCUUAAAAGUACCAUCCGAAGUCUUCCAGAUUUGCUAGAUUCUUCAGUGAGCGACGAAGGAGAGAACUGGAGCGCUGGGCAAAGACAGCUCUUCUGUCUUGGAAGAGUGUUGCUGAGGAGAAACAAAAUCUUAGUACUCGAUGAAGCGACUGCAUCCAUCGAUUCAACCACCGAUGCCGUUCUACAGAAAAUUAUAAGAGAAGAGUUCUCGAAUUGCACCGUGAUAACUGUUGCUCACAGAGUUCCAACCGUGAUAGACAGUGACAAGGUCAUGGUUCUCUCUUUCGGGAAAAUGGUGGAGUAUGAUGAGCCUUCAAAGCUAAUGGAAACUGAUUCUUUCUUCUCCAAACUUGUAGCUGAAUACUGGUCCAGUUGCAGAAGGAACUCUGCUUAAACAUUUGAUGCCAUCUAUUGAGAGGUUCCACUCGACCUCGGAUAAAUUUUUCAUAAUGU